GUCGGUUCAGUUCCUGAUUUUUUUUUUUUACGGGGCAAUUUUUUUCAGUCUUCAGUCGACCGUGUACGUUUCCCUCCCGGCUACCUUUUGGGUAUCGUCAGGUGUGUGCUGCCCGUUAUUUGUGGAACAGCUCUUGUGCCGACAGUUUACCGCUGAGAAGCCAGUGGCCCGCCUGUCAGCAGUUUCCGGUGCGUGUUCGUGACUCUGGCAGCUCUGAACAGGAAGACGGACGCAGAGAGACGUCUGAGCUGAGAAAGGAAACCGUUGUGGCUUCUUCGUCUGCCUCAGAAUGACUGAGUUCUGGGUUUGUUUCAGCUGCUGCAUUGCAGAGCAGCCACAGCCAAAACGACGACGACGAAUUGACCGCUCCAUGAUCGGGGAGCCAACAAACUUUGUUCACACCACACAUGUAGGCUCUGGGGACAUGGGAUUAGCAGCAGUGGACCUUGUUCAGGCUCAGAUGAAAUCUAAAGGAGGUUACUCACAUGGAGGUUCAGAAGGCUCACAGUUGUAACGAGGUGAGAGACAGAGCAAUCCUUGGAGCUCUUCAGUCUUGUGAAAACUACUGUUGUUGAUAUAACGAAACAUUUUUGAAAAGCAAAAAAAAAAAUAAAAAAAACAGCUGAAAAGCAGUUCUGUCUGUAAAGGACACAGGACCAAAAGAUGAAACUACUGCUUUUUUCAUUUUGUUGUAUAUAAUUUUAUUUUCCAUUCUUUUUUUUUUAAUGAAAGCACUGCUAUCCAUUUGCUGCCAUAUUGUUGCACUGUAAAGAGUACACAAGAGGAUUUAGAGCGCUCAUAAUUUCAGUCAGAUGUAUGCUUGUGUGUAUGCAAGAGGAAAAUAUAUUUUUCCCAAACAUUUGCUGUUGUAGCCUGUUGGCUGCCUGUAAUUUAUUUAGUGAUUUGUUAACGGACCUCAUGGUGGCUGGGCCAUACUGGGUAUUUGGAACAUUUAGUUUCAUUCUUUAUUCUCAGAGGUUUAUCAAAGAACAGGUAAAGGUAGCAACGCAAAAAAAAAUAAAUAAAAUCUUAUUCGGAGAAUUAUAAUGAUUCUCUUAAUUGCUUUCAGGGUUGAAGAAUGCUGUUUUCUAAGAAACUUGAAAUGAGUGGAUACACUGGACCAUACAUGAUGCACUCACAUGGCGUAGAAAUUUUUUUCAUUGAUUUCAGCAAGUUUUUGUUUUAAUCUUAUCCAGAUCAAACCGUGUAGAAUUUUAUUAAACUAUGAACUUCCUUUUUGUUGCCUUCAGAAGUAGUGAUUAUUUGUUUUACUUGUGCGAUUUAGAAGCAUAAUGUUGCAAGUUCAGAGCUUAGCUUUUUAUAAAACACUCCUGUUUUUUAUGCUUUUUUUUGUUGUUGUUGUUGUGUAAUGGCUUGUGCACCAACUGUUGACCAAUGAUUGGAACUUGUCUCGACCAGAUCACAAAUGCAAACUCUUCUCUAAAGAUGGGUUAGAUUUGAUACAGAUAGUAGAACUCACAAAUAUAUUCACUUACUGGUUUAUACUUGAUGAUAUCUUCCACCAGCACACCUUCCAGUUACAGCUGUUUGACACGCUAACCCAUGUUUACUCAGUUACAGCAAUGAGGGUUUUUCUCUCCUACAGUUUGUCGUAGUUAACCUGCCACGCUUGACAGAAGCUAAAUGUUCAUUUAAUAUGACCCAUCUUUGAAGAAGUGGUUUGUAAAGUUUAGUUUAAACAAUGGAUUCAUGUCAUGUUAGCAUUUUGUCAUAUUUACAUAAAGUAUUAAUCUCUUGUCUCCUGGGUACAAAUUUAUCCCCUCUGUUGUUGUCUUGCUUGUUUACUUUUUUCUCUCUUCAAGCACAAAUAUGUUUUCUCUAUUGAGGGGAAAGUAAACAAAUUCAACAGUUUAAUUAUGCUGGUUGUUAUUUAUGUCUGUGAUCAGGCCGGGCCUUUUGCCUUUAUGACAGAGACUCUUUUAUGGACUAAUUUUUCUUUUUUCAUUCAAACCUCUAAACCAGCAUCCAUCAAGAAUUUAAAUCAGAGCUUAAAAAACUGUCAGACCUAGAUUCUGUACCGUAGAUGUGAUUGUGUGUCAUAUGUGCACAUUUUAAGAUUGAAUAUUUCCACAACAAAAUGUAUUGAAUGUAAUUGGUACAGCAUGCUAAAAGUGUAUAUAUACAUAUAUAUAUUUAUGGUACAAGAAAUAAUUUGUUUUGAUGUUGGUACUGAGCCUCAGAAACACCUCGUCAUGUUUAGAUUUUGACUCACAGCCUUAACUUUCUUGUAUUGUCCAUUUAUUCCCUGACGUUGAAUAAACUGACGCUGGCUCAGGUUAAUUCAGUGUUUGGCACAUUGAUCUGUUUUCUGACGAGUUACUCUUGUCGAAACACAGAUCCAUGUAUACCUCUAUUUUAUUUUUUUUGUUUUUCCCUGGUAUUGGAUGUAGGUUGUCAUACUAGCAUUGCAGUAUACUUUAUGACCAGCAGGCUGCGCUAGUGGGCUUAUUGAAUGUGACAUUGUUUUGGGAUUCCUGUCAUACGGCUUAUUUUAUGAUGACACUGUAAAUGUGUUGUAAAAAAAAACAGAAUCCAUGCCGUAUUCAGACUCAUGCUUUUUUCUUUUUUUAUGCUUGUCUGUAUAAAAUUAUAGGGAAAGAAGAGUUAACCUAUUUUUUUUAUUCCCCAACAACAAUUUCAUGUAGUUCCCACUUUAAAGGGAAGUUCAUUUGGUUUUCUGCAUUUUCAGAGUAAAUAAAUAAAUGUUAUAUGUUGUCUGACCAA